ACCACAUCCCCCAAAAUGACUUCUCUGGCGUCGACGUCGUCGCAGUCUCUCUACGACCCCCGCCGACAUGUCCGCGUCGAUGCCGAGCGCGCCAGAGAUGUCUCGAGCACGGACUUCCCGGGAUACUGGCCGGACGAGGACCAUUCUUGGAAUCUGGAGAAAUUCAAAGAGAGGCUCCGCGUGAAGGUAACUCGCAAGUCGAAUCGGUCCAUUGAGUUCGAUCUCGUCGGCGUGGAUGCGUCGAUAGCGAAUGCGUUCAGACGGAUACUAAUCGCGGAGGUCCCGAUGGUGUGCAUCGAGCAUGUCUACGUCUUCAACAACACGACCGUCAUGGUCGACGAAGUCUUCGCGCACCGGCUCGGCAUGGUACCGCUCAACGUCGACCCCGCACUCAUGGAAAUGCGCGACUCCUCAGGCCAAGCGACCGACCGCAACACGCUCGUCUUCCGCCUGCAGGCCGCGUGCACGCGCAACAAGUCCGCGCCGAAGGACUCGACCGACCCCGCGCAGCUCUACCACAACUCGGAGGUGCUCUCGUCGCACCUCAAGUGGGAGCCGCAGGGCGAGCAGGACAGCGUGUUUGCGAACUGCCCGCCGGCGCCGACGAACCCCGACAUCGUGCUCAUGAAGCUCCGCCCAGGGCAGGAGGUGGAUAUGGAGCUGCACGCGGUAAAAGGCGUCGGGAAGGACCACGCGAAGUUCAGUCCAGUCGCCACCGCAUCCUACCGCAUCCUCCCCCUCAUCGUCCUCAACCCCGCAAAACCCGUGCCCCCACACCUCGCGCACAAAUUCCAAAAAUGCUUCUCCCCAGGAGUCAUCGACGUCGACCCGCAGACGCACGCGGUCAGCGUGAACGAGCAGAACAUGCGCAAGGAGACCAUGAGCCGCGAAGUCCUCCGGCACCCCGAAUUCGAGGGCUGCGUCGAGCUCAAGCGCGUCCGUGAUUAUUUCUUAUUUAAUAUAGAGUCAGAAGGGCCGUAUGCACCGGAACGGCUGUUCCCCGAGUCGAUCAGGGUUAUGAGAGAAAAGAUCGCUACCAUUCGUAAAGCUGCGCAGGCCCUACUAUCUGAAAGUCUGGGUACGAAUGGUGAUGUCGAUAUGGAGGGUUAAUAGCGUGCUUGCAUAUCCUCGUGCAAUGACCCUUACAGUGUUGCUUGUGUUUUACGUGCAUGGUGUAGCUACAGUACGACGACGGUUCAGGAAACGGACAAACAGACGAGGAAAAUAACUUGUUAUGGGGCCC